UUAAUUGAGCAAUGCAAUAGAGCAUCUUCUAAAUACGGCCCUGUGUCCUCGGUAGCCAUCUGUUUAUACAAUUAUCGGUUAAGCACCCGCCUCAGAGCGCUCUGUUCUUCCUAAAUGACUCCUUCAUGACCGACACCCAUCCCGAUACUUAUUAGGGGCCCGCCGAGCCCCCGGAUUAGUCCGCAUCCCGCAUUCGACCAGCCAACAUUAACUAGCAUCAAUUAAUACAAAUUACCCAAGCGUACACACAACGGACACAGUGACAAUAAUUCCAUGCAUACGAUAUGGAGAAUUUCCUGAGCUACCAGUGCUUGAGUGAGGAUUGGGAGAAGCAUGUGCACUCUGUGACUUCUUAUCAAAAAGAAGUGCCGGUGGUCAAGCAGAGGUGCCAAGCUAACGCGCGAGAAAGAGACAGGACACAAAACAGCGUCAACAUGGCGUUCAACACGCUGCGUCUUCUGAUUCCAACGGAACCACCGGACAGAAAACUCAGCAAGAUCGAGAUACUGCGACUGGCCGGCAGCUACAUAACGCACCUCGACAACCAGCUAUAUACAGGUAUCAUAGAUCAACCAUGUUUACAGAAAAGAGAUGAAGAUAAUAAGAAUGGGUCUCUAUGCACUUUUUGUUGGUCAGCUGUUAAGCAAGAUAAGCAUUCCACGGCAAUGGAAAACUUUUACAAAUCACCUUUCUGAAGAGUAUGACUAAAGAUAACAAUGAGUAUGUCGUAGCCGGUUCGCCAUUCCAUAGAACAGAUGUUCAUGAAAUCAUCAUAAUACUAAAGUUGGGCAAUUUCAUGUAGUCGCCGCGUACUCAUCAGCGUACUCCUGAACAGACCACAUCAUGACGUAGCCAUGCCCAAUUUUACAAUCUAGCUUCGACACGAACGUAUUACUAGUUUAUUUAUUAUUAUUUAUGUUAUGUUUGCUAGGUUUUAUGAAUAAUUUAGCCUAAGGAACGCAAUGUCAAUUUUGUUUUAAAUCUACAACGAUCAGGCCCCAUAGAUAACAUGCCAAUCGCUAACGCUCCGUAGCGAACGAAAUGCAACUGUCACUGUCACACUAAUAUGAGAGAGUGAUAGAGAGACACAAAGCGAUUCGAUAGCGAAGCGCAAGCCAUUGUCACCUUGGCUAGGCCGCCAGUAUUGUACUUUGCUGAUAUAUGUUGCGUAGGCGCUAAGAUUUACCAUUUACACAAACAGGCCUUAAAACUACAAGUUAUCAUUACACAAGUCCAAUCCGGUGAAAACAGUUACUUGAACUUUUAUAACAUGGGGAUCAGAAAGUAAAAUAAAACCAAAAACUAGGAAAUGGCACUUUAAUUUGCAUCUAUGGUCAAAUAAGUAGGUAGGUAAGAUUAUUAUUGACUCAACAGAAACAAAUAUGUAAAUAAAUUAAGAAAACUUAUAUAAUGUAUGUAAAUAAAUAUUCCAGGGUCGAGUUUUGUAAAAAAAAAAAUCCUGCAAGCGCCUACCUAUCCAAUACGGUUAUUAUAAAGACAAAUAGAGCCUACACCAAACAAGUCUUUUAUAAAAUUCGACCUAAGUAGAAAUGUUAAAAUCGUUGUACAGUCGCCAUCAGAUAUAUCGGAGCGGCCACGGUGCUCACAAAUAUCUGAAAACGACUAUAGAUCAAAGCGCUAAGGGGCGUGUUUAGAUAUUUUUGAGCACCUCGGCCGCUCCUAUAUAUCUGAUGGCGACUGUACAG